CCUUAGUUUCCUGUUGGAGUACUGUAUGGGAUAUGACACAGACAUUGAGGGAGCACAAAUAAAAACAAUUACCGAAACUCUUGCGGAAACGAUUAAACAACCAUAUUGCAUACUAGAUUGGACAAGAAAGCAGCAUUGUCAGAGGAUACGACAAAGUAGUUGGCCGCAAUGGAGGCAGUGCCUCGAAUGCCCAUGAUAUGGCUCGAUCUAAAAGAGGCAGGGGAGUUCCAGUUCAGCCCGUCUGUCAAGCAGUUCAUCCUGAAGAACUAUGGCGAGAACCCAGAAAACUACAAUGAGCAGCUGAAGAAGCUGGAGCAGCUGCGCCUGAGCGCGGUCAAUGUGACGCGGGACUUUGAGGGGUGUAGCACGCUGCGGAAGUACUUUGGUCAGCUGCACUACCUUCAGAGCAGGGUACCCCUGGGGACAGGCCAGGAGGCCGCGGUGCCAAUCUCCUGGACUGAGAUUUUCUCUGGAAAGACUGUCACCCAUGAUGAUAUCAGCUAUGAGCAGGCCUGCAUUCUCUACAAUCUGGGUGCUCUUCACUCCAUGCUUGGAGCUAUGGACAACAGGGUGUCUGAGGAGGGGAUGAAGGUGUCCUGCACUCACUUCCAGUGCUCAGCUGGAGCCUUCUCCUACCUGAGGGACCACUUCAGCCACAACUUCAGUGUGGACAUGAGUCACCAGAUUCUCAACCUCAACAUCAACCUCAUGCUGGGACAAGCACAGGAGUGUCUUCUGGAGAAGUCCAUGCUGGAUAACAGGAAGAGCUUCCUUGUGGCACGCAUCAGUGCUCAGGUGGUAGACUACUACAAGGAGGCAUGCCGGGCGCUGGAGAACUCUGACACGGCCUCGUUGCUGGGGAAGAUCCAGAAGGACUGGAAGAAGCUGGUUCAGAUGAAGAUCUAUUACUUUGCAGCCAUUGCUCAUCUGCACAUGGGCAAACAGGCAGAAGAGCAACAGAAAUAUGGUGAAAGGCUGGCAUACCUGCAGAGCUCUUUAGACAAGCUGAGUGAAGCGGUGAAGCUGGCCAAGGGACAGCCAGACAGUGUGCAGGAGGCCUUGAAGUUCACCAUGGAUGUCAUUGGGGGAAAGUUCAACUCUGCCAAAAAGGAUAAUGACUUUAUUUACCAUGAGUCUGUGCCUGCACUGGACACGUUGCCCUCUGUUAAAGGUGCCCCCCUGGUGAAGGCCCUGCCCGUAAACCCCACUGACCCCAGUGUCACCGGUCCCGACAUCUUCUCCAAACUGGUUCCCAUGGCUGCCCAUGAGGCUUCCUCUCUCUACAGUGAGGAGAAAGCCAAGCUGCUGCGGGAUGUCAUGGCCAAGAUUGACAGCAAGAAUGAGACACUGGAGCAGUUCAUGGACUCUCUCAGUCUGGACCCUGACACUGUGGAUAAUUUGGACAUGUACAGCCACAUCCCCCCAGUGCUGAUGGAGAAGUGUGCAGCCCUAAGUGUGAGACCUGAUACUGUGAAGAGCCUGAUCCAGUCCAUGCAGAUUCUGUCGGGUGUGUUCACGGAUGUGGAGGCCUCACUCAGGGAGAUCCGGGACGUCCUGGAUGAAGACGAGGCGGGUGAGCGGAGCCUGGAGGACGCGGUGGGGAAGCAGGCCAUGCCCCCUGCUCCGCCCACCCUGGCGGAGGUGCGCCGGGACCUGGACAAGUACCUGGAGGCCCACGAGAAGGCCAGCUUCACCAACACGGAGCUGCACCGAGCCAUGAACCUGCACAUCAGCAACCUGCGCCUGCUGGGGGGACCGCUGGACGCCCUGAGAGACGCUCUGCCCCGCCCCGAUCUGAGCGAGGAAGAGGUAGCGGGGCUGCAGUGCAUGAAGCGGAUCUUGGGGAAAGUGCAGGAGAUGAGGGACCAGCGCAGCUCGCUGGAGAAACAGCUACGAGACCUCAUUCACCAGGAUGACAUCACCACCGCUCUGGUCACCACGGAACGUGCUGACAUGAAGAGGCUGUUUGAGGAACAGUUGAAGAAGUAUGAGCAGGUUAAGGUGUACAUUGACCAGAACCUGGCGGCGCAGGAGAAUAUUCUGAAGGCUCUGACGGAGGCUAACGUGCAGUACGCCUCUGUGCGCAAAGGCCUGUCAGAGACUGAGCACAAGUGGAACAGCACGGUACAGACCCUGGUCUCUUCUUAUGAGGCUUACGAGGACCUGAUGAAGAAGUCUCAGGAGGGGAAGGAGUUCUAUGAGGACCUGGAGGGGAAAGCCUCGCUCCUGCUGGAGAAGGCCAGAGCCCUGUGCAAGGCUCGGGACGAGGAGAGGCAGGCACUGCUGGAGAGAGAGGUGCAGAAGAAGACGCCACCGCGCCCCACUGCCCCCAAGCCCCCCCUGCAGAAGAAGCCCUCCGACAUGGACCCAGCCUCCAGCCUGGAGGACCCGGAACUUGCCCAGCUGAGCGCGGCCAUCCUGAGCCUGGGAGGGGACCUGCCCGAGGAGCUGCGCAGCAUGCCCCCCGACUUCUCCUACCCGGGCGGGGCUCGCCCCCCCGCCCCCGACGCCUUCCACCCGGGAGGCGGGGCCAGGCCCUCCCUCCACUGGCCCCACUUCCCCCCUCACCUGGCUCGGCUGCCGCGCUUCCCCACCCCGCAGCACCCGGGCUUCCCCCCCAACAUGCCCCACCUGCCCCAGCAGCAGCCACACCCGCCCCAGCAGGCCUUUCCCCAGGGCCCGCAGCACACCGCUGUUUCCAGCUACGGGGGGCCGCCGCAGCCCCAGGCUGGCCCACUGAGGGGAGCCGUCCCCGUCCGCCCCUCCACAACCACAGUGGACAGCGUGCAGACGCCCAUCGCCAGCUACACCCCCGCUUCAGGGCAGCCCGUCGCCCGUCAGCCCAACCCCCCCGUGCCUGGGGGGUACGCUGUGCCCUCACAGAUGGGCCACUUCCCCCCGUACCCCCCUCAGCCUGGGGUGCCCGUACACCCACAGCAGCCCUUCCCCCAGGCCCACGGCCAGUUUCCUCAAUACCAGCCGGCCCCCGGCCUCGGCCCCACUCCCGCCCCUGGCCCUGCCCGGCCCCAGCAGCCCUUGUCCAGGCCCCAGGGACCCCUCCCCGCCCCACAGCCCCAGUACCCACAUUACAUGCCCCAGCCCCGACAGCCUGGGCCUCCCCACUUUCAGCAGCCUGCCUUUCCAGGACAGCUCCCACCUCAGGUGCUCCCUGGCCCGCCCCAGCCCCAGCCCGGGUACUUUCCACAUGCCUCACAGUCCCACAUGAUGGCUGGCCCCCACCCCCCUCAUCCACAAAUGCCCCCCUCUUCUCAGGUCCAGUUACCCCCUCAUGUGCCUCAUCCCCAAAUGCCCCCGGCCUCCCAGGCUCAAUUGCCUCCUCAUGCCCAUCAUCCUCAAAUGACCCCGGCCUCCCAGGCUCAACUGCCUCCUCAUGCCCCUCAUCCACAGAUGCCUCCAACCUGCCAGGCUCAGUUACCCCCUUAUGCCCCUCAUACACAAAUGCCCCCAGUCUCCCAGGCUCAGUUACCCCCUCAUGCCCUUAAUCCCCAAAUGCCCCCAGUCUCCCAGGCUCACAUGGUCCCUGGUCAGCCACUCCACCCCCAGCUCCCCCUCCGCAUGCCCCAGCAGCCUCUCCCCCCUCACUCAGGGACGGUGUGCUAUCCUGGCAGUGUUCCCAUGAUGCCCCACCAGGCUGCACCAGGGGCUCCCCAGCAGCCCCAGGCACUUCCCCCCACUGGCCCCACGAACUACACUACCCCUCCCCCUCCAAGCGCUGCUGUCCAGGCCGGUCCCUUGCAGCACCCCACCCCUAUGGCACCGCCCCCAGGACCCCAGCCCCUCCCACAGCACAUGAUCCCCCCUCCCUUCUGCGCGGUCGCGCAGCCACCCAACAUCGUCCCACCCUCGCCGACCCCCUCGCCCUCCCCAUCACCAGGACCCCCUCCCGGGCUGAUCCCCCAGAGACCCUCCCCUGCGCUCACUCCCGUAGGCGGGGCCCACCUGCCCCCAGCCGCCGCCUCCUCCUCCGCCUCGUCCUCCCCUCCGAGCUCCUCCGACUCUCUGUUCCAGCGCCAGACCUCCAGCACUGACGACCUGCUGUCCUCCAGCCCCGAGAGCCAGCACGGGGGCGUCAAGGCCGCCGCCAACGUGCUGCUGCCCACCAAGGCCGACCCGCAGGACGGCCAGCGCAGGAGGAAGCAGGAGGCCGUGCGGCUGAUCGAGGGCGACCCGUACCAGGCGCCCGAGCGGGUCUCGCGGCUCUGCGCGGAGUUGGAGCGCUUCCGCGAGACGGUGCAGUCCCUGGAGCGGCCCCAGGCCGAGUCGGGGGGGCUGUCCGAGCUGGACGCCCGCUGGAAAGAGCUGCAGGAUCAGCAGGAGAGGGACGCCCGGCAGCUGUCCAUCGCCAUCGCCCGCUGCUACAGCAUGAAGAACCGCAACCAGGACAUCAUGCCCUACGACCGCAACCGCGUGGUGCUGCAGUCGGGGAAGGACGACUACAUCAACGCCAGCGCCAUUGAGGACCUGUCGCCGUACUGCCCGCGCAUCAUCGCCACCCAGGCGCCGCUGACGGGCACUGCGGCUGACUUCUGGCUCAUGGUGUACGAGCAGAAGGUGUCUCUGGUCGUCAUGCUGGUGUCUGAGCAAGAGCUGGAGAAGCAAAAAGUGCUGCCAUACUUCCCCUUGGAGCGGGGCCAACAGCUCUCCCAGGGCCCCAUCACUCUGACCCUCACCGCCCAGAAGACCACGCCCACUCACGUGGAGCGUAUGAUCGGUCUGCAGUUCCGUGACCAGAGCUUGAAGCGUACAGUCAUCCACCUGCAGUUCACGUCCUGGCCUGAACUGGGCCUUCCAGACAGCAAAAGCAAUUUGAUCCGCUUCAUCCAGGAGGUUCAUGGGCACUACCUGCACCAGCGCCCGCUGCAUACGCCCAUCGUAGUUCACUGCAGCUCGGGCGUGGGCAGAACUGGUGCCUUCUGCCUGCUGUACGCUGCGCUGCAAGAGCUGGAGGCGGGGAACGGCAUCCCAGACCUGCCGCUGCUGGUGAGGAAGAUGAGGCAGCAGAGGAAGAACAUGCUGCAGGAGAAGCUGCACCUUAAGUUCUGCUAUGAGGCCGUCCUGAAGCAUGCUGAACAGGUCCUCCAGCGCCAUGGUGUCUCUACCGCCCCCUGCAGCAAGAGCAACAACAGCAUAGCCCCAAAGACUUACUCGCGGCAGGAGUCCCAGGACAUCGUUCUUGGGGGUGACAUGCCGAUCAGCUCCAUCCAGGCCACCAUUGCCAAGCUGAGCAUCCGGCCUCCCAGUGCCUCUGAGGGGCUUGAUUUAGGCCAGGAUCUGCCGCCUCCUGCCUUAGCUGAUGUCCUAAUUCCAGGGGAUGUAGAGCCCAGCUCUCUGUCACCUCCAGAGCCCACCCUCAGUGAGCCCCUGCCCCUGUCGCUCAGCCCCCCACCCUCCUCUCCUGAGAAGGCGCAGUCCCCUCCUCCCCCAAAUCAGGAGCAUGGCAAUGGCCUGGAUGGGCCUGUCCCUGCAACCGCCAAUCACCAUUCUGAUCCCACCCAAAUGCCAGCUCCAGCCCUGCCCCCUGCACUAGGCUCCUCCUCUUCCUCUUCCUCAUCUUUGGAGCUGCUGGCCUCCAUGACCCCCGAAGCGUUCACGCUGGACAGCGCCUAUCGGGGGAAGCAGCGCAUCAAUAAGCAGAGCUUUCUCCAGCCGCACGAGGGCCAGGGCUUGCAGGGGGUGCCGUCAGAAGAUGAUCCGCUCAGCAGCCUGGAUCCGCUCUGGACGCUGAACAAGACUUGAGCCGGCCCCGUAGGUCCGGUUCAGCUCCUUCGCUCUUUCUCUCGCUCUUUGCCUUCUAGCGCAGGAUCGGUCCAGUUCUGUCGGCCCACUAUUAUCCUUCAUCCUCCAGAAAUCGCCUGCGCGCGUGGGACCACUUCAGUGUCAGUCUGUCUGUCUCUGUGUCCAAAAGAGUCUUCUUCCAGCUGUGCCACCAAACAUAAGCCCCCUCUCCCCUCCAGUUUGAGUCUGUCCAGUCAUACCCCGUAUCCCAGCAUGCUAUCCUGCUACAGUAACACAUUGUCUCAGUACUGAGAGCAUGUGAAUGCACAAUUGCAGCACGCUUCCUGCCUCCUGGAUACCGGCCUUUCGGGGUGUGGGACCCCACAGAGUUAAGUUCACCAAAGCUGCUUGAUGAUGACGGUGACUGUGGAUCUCGGACAUCUGGGAUGAAGAAGCACUUGGCCAUCGCAUCGGUGUGCACUAACAAUGACAAAACAAAGAGGAACAGCUUCCCAUCCCAUCAGCAUGGUCAGUGGAGCAAUCCCAGAGUCCACCUGGCUUCCUGAAUCAGAAGCUUGCCUAUCAUAACAGUUACUGUACACACUGGCACUACAGCAUCCCACGUGUGAGCUGUUGAGAUUGUGUUGAUCUGUAUGUAUGUAUGUAGAAUGGAAGUGUAGUGAGUAAUGAAAUAGGCCACAUAUUCUCACUUUAAUGGCGUUACACAGACACACACACACACACGUUAUCAGCAGACCUUGAAUAAUAACGCACCUUUUUAAUGCAGUGACUAUUCUCCUCCUUUCUGUAACAAUGUAAAUAAGUCUUAAUUAAAAUAAACCUGGAACUCAC